GCCGGAGAGCUUCUCCUUCCGGGGCGGCCUGCUGGGCCUCAUGGAGGCUGUUCGGCCGGACGGCGGCGAAAGAGGGACGGCGGCGCCGCGAGCUGAGGAGAGGCCGGUGCCCGAGGCGAGGGUGCACUUCCGAGUAACCCGGUUUAUCAUGGAGGCAGGCGUCAAGCUAGGCAUGCAGUCCAUCCCCAUCGCCACCGCGUGCACCAUUUACCAUAAGUUCUUCUGCGAGAUCAACCUGGACGCUUAUGACCUCUACCUGGUCGCCAUGUCUUCCAUUUACUUGGCCGGGAAAGUGGAGGAGCAACACUUGCGUACUCGUGACAUCAUCAACGUGUCGCACAGGUACUUUAACCCGGGCAGCGAGCCGUUGGAGCUGGAUUCCCGUUUCUGGGAGCUGCGAGACAGCAUUGUGCAAUGUGAGCUUCUUAUGCUACGAGUUCUGCGCUUCCAGGUCUCUUUCCAGCACCCGCACAAGUACCUGCUGCACUACUUGAUUUCCCUCAAGAACUGGCUGAAUCGUUACAGCUGGCAGCGAACCCCUAUCUCUGUUACAGCCUGGGCCCUGCUGCGAGAUAGCUACCAUGGGGGGCUGUGCCUCCGCUUCCAGGCUCAGCACUUAGCCGUGGCAGUGCUCUACCUGGCCCUACAGGUCUAUGGAGUCGAGGUACCUGCAGAGGGUGAGGCCGAGAAGCCUUGGUGGCAAGUGUUUAGUGACGACCUCACCAAGCCGAUCAUUGAUAAUAUUGUGUCUGAUCUCAUUCAGAUUUAUACUAUGGAUACAGAGAUCCCUUAAGGCCCUGGCUGAGGCCUGACCAAAGACCAGGAUUAUCAGCAGCCUGAGUAUGGUGCCACCAAGUUGCUGUGAUGGCAGGUCUCAGCUGUCAUUAUGUUUCCAGCCCUCGUCCAAAUAAUGCCAAGAGCCUCCAUGUGGGCAGGACAUAAUCAGCUUCCUAGAAGGGGCAGCAUUAUCAGCUUUUGCCCCUUGAGAAGAUGCUGCGUUUGAGACAUGGACCAUUGCAAUUGAGGUGUGAGGUCACCGCUGGAAGGUUACAGAAUAGACGGGACUGCACCCUUAGGCGUUUUUAAAAAACCAGAUUUGGAGAAAUAUGAAUGUGUAACAUGGAAUCUUAUUUUGUUUAAUAAAAUUAUGCAAAUAAAAUAUGGGAAAAC